AAUAUAUCGCUCUCUUGAUCAGAGAUUUUUUCACAUUUUCAACUGACUCAAAAAACACUAAAAAGUUUGUGACGUGUUCCUUUACAUUGGAAAAUGUCUCUUGUGGAUUUGGGGAAAAAGUUGCUGGAAGCAGCAAAAGGAGGUCGAGAUGAAGAAGUCCGCAUCUUAAUGACCAAUGGUGCACCGUUUACCACAGACUGGCUUGGUCUAUCUCCUCUCCAUUGGGCUGCCAAGCAUGGACAUGUAAGCACAUCAGAAGUUUUAAUUCGGGCGGGUGUCAGUCGAGAUGCUAGGACUAAGGUUGACAGGACACCACUACACAUGGCAUGUCAAGAAGGCCAUCAACAGGUUGCAGAAGUACUGAUAAAUGCUGGAGCAGACAUUGAUGCACAUGAUAUGCUGAGAAUGACACCACUCCACUGGGCAGUUGAAAGAGAACACAUGGAGGUUGUAGGUUGCUUACUGAAACAUGGAGCAGAUAUGACAAAGAUUAACAAAUUUGACAAGACAUGUAUAGAUAUAGCAUCAGACCACCGGAACCCUGUUCUUCUUGACUUAUUGACAUCUACAAUGCAAAUAAAGAAUGGCAGCGAUAAUUCAUUGCCCAACUUAGCAUCAAGCACCAUAAAUCUAACAACUGCAGCCACUCCUACCAUCAAGACUACUACAACAUCAAUGAGACCUAAAGCCAAAAUCUCUGCCAGUCAGGGCAAAAUAAGUCUUGAUCUUGGGCCUAAAGGCAGCACAAGUUCUACAUCUGUACUUGCAACAUUGGCUGCUCUUGCUGAGGUAUCUGCUCCACUCAAAUCAGCAGGAUCAAGGAGUGGAUCAUUGUCAUGGCUUCAGGAUGCUUCCAUCACAGUACAACCAAAUCAAACGUAUACACUUACAGAGGCAGGACGUCUUGCUCUUAAUCUCACCAAGCCAAAGGCAAAGUCAAAACCAGCAAGACGGAGAAAGUCUUCCAAUCCAGAACCACUUCCAGUUACAACUUCAUCAGAGGAUGUCAUGCUUCAUCAGGUAAUAUCUCUUCUCCCUUCCUCUGUGAAUACAAUCAGGUGAUGUGGGUCUGUUUUGUUGGAAUAUUUUUUUUUUAUCUCUGCUCUUAAGGAUACUGGAUGCAUUUACGUUUGUGGGUUGUCUGUCCACCCACACAGACUUAAAACACAAUACAGUAUGUCUCAAAACUGAUUGUUUGAUAUUCUUGCGAAUGUAUGGCUGUAUAGGUCUGUUUGUGAGGGUGUUUAGGUGAGGAAGUGUCAAUGAAAGGUGUAUGUAUUGCAGAAUAAAUUAUUGCAGGAAUCUUGAAUCAUUUGAAAACAACAUUUCAAGCUCAUAGAUAGAUCUUAUGUUGAAAUACAUUUAGCUUGGUUUGUAGUGUUUUGUAGUAAUUAAUGAAAGCUUGAAAUGCACCAUUGCAAGCAAAGGUUGACUGAUGUGUAUAUGAAUAAGUAUACCAUCAGGAGGUUGGUCAGGUGGUCAGGCUGGUGGUCCCUUGGCUUGCAAAUCAUUGGGAUCUACCUCGUCAGUUUUCACUCCAAGACCUGUUGGUUUCAGAGUGAAGAACAAGACAUUGUUUUAAUCAAUGGACGUUGAGGGCAGCAACACUUUGCAGUAUUGCUUUUACAACUGAAGUACGUGCACAAUUUGGUAGGCAUGCCAACAAAACCACGAAGUGACACAAUUUACUCAGGGAUUACUAGCAAAAUAGAGAUAGAAUAAAAGAUCCUGACAACACUAGAUUCAAAUGAUAGAAAAAUAAAAAUAUACCAACAAUAAAAUAAUAAUGUACCUUAUUUUAAAAAUAAUGUUUUCACUAAUACAUUGUCUUAAUCUUUUUUUAAUCUUCAGUAAACAGGAUGAAUUCUGUCAUCAAAUAAACCAAUCUCCUAAUUUUACCCCGAUUUUGCCAAGCUCAUUUUGUGACCACCCUUAAGCUCCACCUCCCCCUCAGAGAACCAUUAUAGUAGAUUGUAGAGUUUAUUUUUUUUCAUUUCCUCAUUUUCAACAUUUUUGUUAGAAAAGUUUUUACAUCAAAUAUGCUUUAAAAUAUGAAACAUUUUUAUCUGUAUUUUUCCUAAAAUAUUAGGUGGUGAUGACUAUGAUUUUAUGACAUUGCAUGUCACUUAUGAUGACAUAAAUAUGUGAGGUUGAUACAUUUUCCAUCUAAAUUUCGCGUCCCGUAAGGUUUGGCUGGUUUACCGAAUGGUGGUAUCUGAAAUUCUGCAUGCAUGCUUACAUAAAUUGGUGUAAAACUAUAGCAUGAAAAUAGUACCUGUGACAUGGACCUUCGCCCCUUGAUAGUUCAUAAGUCGAUACCUGUCAGAAUAUACAUGGCUCGAUACUAAACCGGAUAAUUUCGUUCUAAUGUAAGGUCUAACGAAGGACUAGAUCUAGGUGUAAGGCUUGGCUUUGCUCAUGUUAGUGGCCGUAUUUGAUCCCUGCCUGAUGGAUUGCAAAAGCUGGGUCGGAUUUGUGGAUAUUACAUACUGUAUACAUAUUUUUAGGCUCCAAUCUACACUGAAAGUGAAAAUUAAGACUCUAACCUUGAAUAUUUAUCAUUGCUCAACUGCCUUACAUGUAGUGCCACAACAGUGACAGACCAAGUCCAUAUCCGUCGAGUCCAUAUCAAGCUUGGUCGAUUUGGGUUGAGUAUGCGGCCAGCACUGUUGUUCGCGCAGUAUACGUGCAUGUACCCAUAUGUGACCGGGGAAGUUUCGGCGCUGUCAGGACAGAAGAUCAAGGUCUUGGCUCUGGUGUUGGCUGGUGUAGUUUUGGUAGGGGCAGGGAAAUUAAGUAGAAGAAUGGUAAAUACAAUGUCAUAAGAUUUUUAUUGGUGUGCAAACUACAAAAAACAUGAUUACCUUUUUUCUUACUUUUUUAGCAAAAUAGAUUUCCAUUAUUCAAAUAUUAUUUAACAUUCUUUAUUGAAGUUCUCAUUAUCCAUGAAAAAUGAUAAAAUUGAACAAACGAAAAAAAAUCAACUCUACAAUCUACCCCAAUGGUUCUCUGAGUGAGGGGCGGAGCUUCGAGUGGUCACAAAAUCUGAGCGGAGUGGACCUUUCUAAUAGCAACACUGCUGUGUGUUGCUGCCCUCUACGUUCGUUGGUUUAAAUAUGUUGGGUAAUGCAUUGCCAUGGUAACAACAUACCAUGGAAAUACAAUUUGAAAAAUAAAACAUUACCAGAAAAAAAAGUUACCUUCUGUAUGAAGGUAGUAUUUCUAAAAUGGGUAAUGGGCAAUUCCACAGGUUGGUGAACGAGGUAUGUCUGUUAAUUCAUUAAUUUAUCACUAAUCCAUAUUUCAUGGAUGUUC